CGACCAUAACUCGCGAUCCACUACUGGCCGAGAUCAGUCGACAUCGCGGCACGCUCAUCGUCACUCGUAGGAUAAGCUGCUUUUCGUUCGUAAAGUUCUUUCUCAUCGUGAGUCACUUAAAAAACGGCCAAAGCAGGUUCGUCUACCACGAUAUCAAAAAUAUUUUUGGAAGCGCGUGUGCCUUGUGACGUUUGUUAUCACCAGUUGCUUACGGGUUUACCCUUCUAUUGGGCUACUGUCAGCGAGAUUAGUUAGCACGCGAUCUAAAACAUGGAAGACGAUACCGUACUGCUGGAGGAUUCUUCCUUCGAGGCUUCCAGUGUUCCAACAACGGCUACAACAGAGAAAUCCACGUCUGCGGAUCCACUGUCCACCGUAGUACAAUCGAUCGUUACCGAAGCAACUAAAUUGCUAGUAUCGAUAACGGAUCCUAGUACCUCCGCGAUGGAGACUACAACGUCAACCAGUGCCAGUGAUCAAAGCACAACUUCCACCUUCACUACGGAAACCUCUACGUGGACGCUAAUGGAUGUGGUCAGCUCUAGCACAGCAGCAUCGGUUGGUGGGGUGAUCAAGGAAGUGCUCCUCUUUUCUUGGUUCGAUUACACCAUCUUCGCUCUGCUGCUACUCCUUUCGGCGUUCAUUGGAGCAUACUUUGGAUUUAUCUCCAAGAUAAAACAGAACAACACGAAGGAGUAUCUACUCGGAGGCAAAACGAUGAAUAAGUUUCCGGUGUCCGCCUCGCUUAUUGCAAGCCACAUUUCGGGAAUCACGAUGCUUGGAGUUCCCUCGGAGAUGUACAGCCAUGGAACGCAGUAUUGGAUGUUCAUAAUACCUGCCUUAUGUGUGGCAUUCCUUAUGAAGAUGAUCUACCUGCCCGUGUUCUACGAUCUUCAGGUGACGUCCGCCUUUACGUACCUGGAGAUGCGAUUCGAUAAGUUCGUCCGCUCGGCUGCCAGUCUGGUGUACGCGAUUCAGUGUAUCAUCUACAUUCCGAUCGUAAUUUACGUUCCGGCGCUAGCUUUCAGCCAGGUUACCGGUAUCAAUCUGCACGUGAUAACGCCAAUCAUUUGUGUGAUCUGUAUCUUCUACACAACCGUCGGUGGUUUGCGGGCAGUGGUGUGGACUGACACGCUACAGUUUAUCCUCAUGAUCGGUGCCUGCCUGGCGGUCAUUGCGCUCGGUAUAAGCUCCGUCGGUGGAUUCUUCGAAGUGUGGCAAGCGGCAGAACGUGGCAAACGGUUGGUCUUCUUCAACAUGGAUCCGAAUCCGUUCGUAAGGACCUCGUUUUGGACGGUCUGCUUCGGGCUGACCACACUAUGGGUCUCCAACCUGGCAGUGAGCCAGGGUUGUGUGCAACGUUUCCUGGCCGUCCCGGAUCUUAAGGUGGCCAAGAAUUCGCUCAUCAUCUUCACCGCGGGUCUCAUUUUCGUCAAGAGCUGCUCGUGCUUCAUCGGACUGCUUAUCUACGCAAAGUACGAAACAUGUGAUCCAUACACCGAGCACAAGAUCACCAAAAUCGAUCAGAUUCUGCCCUACUAUAUCAUGGACGUCGGGGCGAAGAUCCCCGGACUGCCCGGUCUAUUCGUAUCCGGUAUCUUCUCGGCGGCCCUUUCGACAAUGUCCUCCGUACUGAACACCCUGGCCGGUACCAUCUACGAGGACUUUAUCCGUCACCGGAUGCCGAACGCUACGGAGAAAACGGCCAGUAACAUCAUGAAGCUGCUAGUGGUGUUGCUCGGAGUGCUCGUCCUUGGGCUGGUGUUUGUGGCCGAACGGAUGGGCCAGGUGAUGCACAUUGCCAUCUCGCUGUCUGGUGUCACCUCCGGUACGAUGCUGGGAAUGUUCACCUUCGGUAUGAUCUCGCGACGGGUCAACACGAAGGGCAUCAUCAGUGCUUCGGUGGCGUCAAUGCUACUUACCGGAACGAUCAUGAUCGGAGCUCAGAUGAACCCGAAACCACCGAUGUUGCCGAUGCGGACCGAUGGCUGCGAAGAUGGUUCCUCAUUCGUUAGCAACAUUACUACGGCGGCCACAACCGUUUUGCUGGAAACUACGGAGAGUGUAACGACCACUGCGGACGAUAUACCGCUACUGUUCAAGCUAAGCUUCAUGCACUACUCGCUGGUUGGGUUGAUUACCUUCUUCAUCGUGGCUUACGUUGUCUCCGAGUUUACCGGCGCAGGAAGUAUCAGUGACGAGCGGUUACUAGCGCCAUUCCUACGCAUUCCGGAGAAGCUCGAGAAGGAGAUGGCACUGAUGAAGCACAACAUCAAGUAUGAGGAAAUCGAUCUCGCACUACGCGAGCUACAGAAACCGAGCGAUUUGGAGAAGAAAUAGUGUCCUAAGAUCAGUAUCGUUAUUACGUUGUAAAUAAAUUAAUUGUUGUUAGUGAGUUACUUUAAACGGCCAACC